AAUCAAUCGUUCCAGCCAACAGCAGGUAGGCUUUUACUUGCUUUUUCACAUGCAGUCUUCUCAAAUCGGCCCUAUACGUAAAUGAGUUGGUUAAUUAAUUACCAUGUGCAGGUUUAUUCUAAGUAACAAUGUUAUCAGGCAGAUUAAGGCUCCACAAUCAGUUUAUCUAAUAAACCGUUUGCCCACACAAAUGUGGACAACAGUGCUGCAGAGCCAAAUGUUGUCCUGUUGGUGGACCACUGGAAGGCCUUUCAUUGGUCGAUGGGAGCAGCCUAUUUGCAUAGAGGGGGGCUUAAAGUCCCACUGCAAAGUGAGUUUGACACAGUUGUGACUCGACCUGUCAUUGCACGAGAGCCGGAUUGAUUGCAUCAUUGAUGACUUUCUCGUGCAGUACUUUUUAACCCCUCAACAUGGGACCCUCAGGAGUUGCAGUGUGCAUCGUGUUUGUUUUUUUCUGCACAGUUCAGUGUACAACUACGAGGUAUUUCACCUAUGAAGAGGAUGCACCGGGCACUGAGAUAGGAAACUUGUCGCAAGAUUUAAAGAUUGAUCCAGCUGAUGACCCUGACACUUCGUUCCGCUUCAUGCAAGAGAACAACUCCACUUUGAUUGAAAUGAGGGAAACCGACGGACUUUUAAGUGUUGCAGAAAUCAUCGACCGAGAGCAGCUCUGCCCACGGUCUCCGCGCUGUUUCAUCACCUUCGAUAUUGUGGCCUUCUCCAAAGAAAAGUUCCAACUCAUACACGUGGAGAUCGAGGUAAAGGACAUCAAUGAUCACUCUCCUCACUUUGCGCACAAUCAGACAAACCUGGAGAUUGUGGAGAACGUCCCUCUUGGCUCAAGAUUUCCCCUGCAGAUUGCUCUGGACCAGGAUGUGGGUGAAAACUACAUCCAGAGCUACAACAUUUCCCCCUGCAGCCACUUUGCCAUUGAAGUGCGCGAUCGUGAGGAUGGAGUGAAGUUUGCUGAACUCGUGCUCGUGCGCGAGCUGGACAGGGAGGUUGAGGACUCCUACACGAUCGAAGUAACUGCAACUGACGGAGGAGUGCUUGCAAAGUCCGGGUCAAUGCUUGUUUACAUCAAAGUGCUGGACUUUAAUGACAACAGCCCCACGUUUGAGCACGGGUCUCUGAAAGUGGAGCUGAAUGAAGACUCUCCGGUGGGCCACCGAGUUCUCAAAGUGCACGCGUUUGACCCGGAUGACGGCGUAAACGGUGAGGUUAUUUACGCAUUUGAAGACGGACUUACAGCAGAGGUUGCACGCGUUUUCCACAUCGACCCUUACUCCGGAGAUGUGACUUUGAAAACGCUGGUUGAUUUUGAGAAAAGAAGAUCAUACGAGCUGAGCAUCAAAGCCUCAGAUUUGGGCGCGAACUCUGUGCCAUCCAGCUGCAAAGUUGUGAUAGAUAUCGUUGAUGUAAACGACAAUGCGCCUGAAAUCAGCAUCAAACCCAUGACCUCCAGCAGUGAUGGAGUCGCCUACAUCACUGAGGCUGCAGCUGCGGACAGUUUUGUAGCUCUGAUCAGCACCUCGGACAGAGACUCUGGUUCCAACGGGUACGUGCGCAUCAGCCUGCUCGGGCACGAGCAUUUCACCCUCCAACAAGCAUAUGGAGACAGUUUUAUGAUCAUCACCAGCACUACUUUAGACAGAGAGAAGAUCCCAGAGUACAACCUGACAGUGGUGGCAGAAGAUGUGGGAAGCCCGCCUUUUAAAACUGUCAGACAGUACACCAUCCGGGUAACAGACGAGAAUGACAACCCUCCUCUCUUCAGUAAGUCUCUUUAUGAAGUGUCAGUCCUGGAGAAUAACAUUCCAGGUUCAUAUGUUACCACUGUUGUUGCACGAGACCCUGAUGUGGGAAAGAAUGCUAAAGUUUCCUACAAACUCAUAGACUCACAGGUGCAAGAGGGAGCCAUGCUGUCCACUUAUGUCUCAGUGGACUCACUCUCAGGGUCUUUGUACACUUUGAGGUCUUUUGAUUAUGAGACUCUGCAGCAGAUUGAGCUCGUCAUCCAAGCUGAAGACAGAGGUUCCCCCUCCCUCUCCAGCACCUCAACAAUCAGGAUCAAAGUAGUAGAUCUUAACGACAACUUCCCAUUCUUCACUUUCCCUAUUUUUGUGAAUGACUCUGCUGAUAUCCCUCUUCCCUUUAAUGCACCUGCUGGCUUUCUGGCCCUAAAAGUCACAGCGGAGGAUGAAGAUGAGGGAGUGAACGGCGAACUCUCCUACCACAUUGUCCAAGGUGACCCCAAGCUUUUCACAAUGAACAAAGACACGGGAGAGAUUGCUCUAAAACAAUGGCUGACAGCUGAAAUUGGAGACGUGCUGGAAAUGAAAAUCACAGUGAGUGACAAUGCCAGGUCCCCACUCUCCACCGGCGCCACAAUUCGGUUUGUCGUCUCAGACACGGAGCCCUCCCAAGACCAAGUCGUUAUUGUGCUGAGGUCAAGCGAUGAAGAAGGCCCCAGCUUAGAUGGCUCACUAAUUGUUAUUAUUAUGCUCAGUGGGGGGUGUGCAUUGUUGCUGAUUGCCAUAGUGGCUGUUGUUGUAACAUGCAAACUCAGCCGAGGAGGAAGAAACCGGGUCUCCAAGAGAGAAGUGGGUCACAGCUUGUUCGACAGAAGGCCCUUACCCAUGCUGGGCCUUGAACCCAACAUUUACACCGGCCAGAGAGCCUUCUUCCACGAGAGAGCCUCUUCUUCUCUGGAUGAAUCCUGCAUGUAUGAGGAGAGAAGCAGGGACUCAGAGACAAAGAUGUUCCUGCCCUCCAAGCAUUUCCAGGCAGCAUCUGUGUGGCAAGGUGACAAAUACUGCUUGCAAGUGAGCGGCAUUGGCAACACGGACCAGCUGAGCGUGAAGGACAGCGGCAAAGGGGACAGUGACUUUAAUGACAGUGACUCUGAUAUCAGCGGAGACGGAGGGAGGAAGAACUUUAGCACUUUCCAGCCAAGGCUAAAAAGUUUAUCCAGCGCGUCUAAUAGCUUGUCUGGGGAUUGCCAAGGCACCUACUGUGCAGUACAACCGCAGAGCUUCAGAGCCCCCAGAGACAAUGCAUACACAAUUGGCUUCUCCCCAGUGCCAGUCUUCAACAAUCCUCAUGGCUAUCCCCUCUCUUGGAAGGACUCCGGCUAUGGCACAAAUCGCCCAAAAUCGAGGAGCAGCAUGCAGAGCUUCUCCAGGACAGGGACUCUUCCUUCUUACUUCUCUACUCAGAGGCAGCAGGAGUGUGAAGCUGCUGUUGGAGGACCUGAAGUCCUGAGGGAGAGUCCAAGUUUUGUAACGGUUGCUACUGCGUUAGAGGUUGCAACUAUCUUCUAAAAACUGUGUAUGCUCUAAAUAAGUUAUACUUCAAGGUGUAAAAAUGUAUAAAGCUGGGAAAAGGUAGCAAGUGUACAUAUUUGUUAUUAUUAUUAUUGAGUAUAUAAUGUUUAUUCAUGUCCUUUUAUUCAAUUUACUGUAUUCCAUGUCGCACAAAAGUUUCUUUUUCCAAUAAAAAUGUUUCUGAAAUCA